GGCCGGCAUGGAGACCCCUGGUGCCAGCGCGCGGUGCCCGCUGCAAGAGCAGCGUGCCCGCUGGGAGCGGAAACGCGCCUGCACCGCUCGAGAGCUGCUGGAGACCGAGCGGCGCUACCAGGAGCAGCUGGGGCUGGUGGCCACGUACUUCCUGGGGAUCCUGAGAGCCAAAGGGACCCUGCGGCCGCCAGAGCGCCAGGCCCUGUUCGGGCCCUGGGAGCUCAUCCACGGCGCCAGCCAAGAGCUGCUUCCGUACCUGGAAGGAGGACAGUGGGGACAGGGCCUGGAGGGCUUCUGCCCCCACCUGGAGCUCUACACCCAAUUUGCUGCCAACGCAGAGAGGUCCAGGGCCACCCUGCAGGAGCAACUGAAGAAGAACAGACGGUUCCGGAGGUUUGUGAGGCUUCAGGAAGGGCGCCCCGAGUUUGGGGGCCUUCAGCUCCCAGACCUGCUCUCUCUGCCCCUGCAGCGGCUCCAGCAGUAUGAGAAUCUCGUUGUUGCCCUGGCGGAAAACACAGGUCCCAACAGCCCUGACCACCAACAGCUCACUCGGGCUGCGCGGCUGGUAAGUGAGACUGCCCAGAGAGUCCACAGCAUUGGGCAGAGACAGAAGAAUGACCAGCACCUCCGGCGUGUUCAGGCCCUGCUCGGCGGGCGCCAGGCAAAGGGCCUCACUUCAGGACGCUGGUUCCUGCGCCAGGGCUGGCUGCUGGUGGUGCCUCCCCGGGGGGAGCCUCGUGCCCGCAUGUUCUUCCUCUUCUCCGAUGCCCUCCUCAUGGCCAAGCCUCGCCCCGCAUUGCACCUGCUGCACAGCGGCACCUUUGCCUGCAGAGCCCUCUACCCCAUGGCCCAGUGUCGACUCUGCAGGGUCUUCGGCCACUCAGGAGGCCCUUGUGGUGGACUGCUCAGUUUGUCCUUCCCCCAUGAGAAGCUACUGCUCAUGUCCACAGACCAGGAGGAGCUGUCACGCUGGUACCACAGUCUGACCUUGGCCAUCAGCAGCUUCUCUCCACAGCAGCCAGAAGAACUAGAGGGAUCGUACAAAUUCCGGAACUUGGGACUCUUCCGGCCAGCUCAGAGCCAGCGGUACGAUGUAAUCUUCAGCGCUGAACAAGGAUUCUUCGUGGUUUGACAAGGGUCGUUUUGUGUUUGCCUGGGACCAACACUACUCUGGGUCAUUUGACCAGCUCUUAGGAACCCAGAAAACCAGGUCUGGCCUGGCUGAACCUCCGCCGACCCAGACCCGUCUACGUGGAUGAGGGGAUUUGGGAGCGAUAAGCUGUGUGCUGUCUGUGGUUGCGUACUCAAAGGUGCAGCUUUGUAAACACGGCUAUUUUUUACAUUAUGUAUUAAUUUCUAUAAUUUAUUUUAAUAAAGUUUUUUUUUUUUUUUCCC